GUCAUCAUCAUGUUUCUCCUGUGGAUGCCAGUUUUGGUCCUUGUCCUUUCAUGGGCUCCGGUUGUCACUCCCUCCGCUGGCUUGUCCAGCUGUGGCUCGUGGCUUCUUCUCGGACCUAACAUCGAGUCCAAACCAAGCGGGCUUGGUGGCCUAACCCUAUCUACCGUAGGAGCCACAUCUCUCACCACCGGCCCUGAAGGUAUCAACGCAUGGGUUUUCACCGGGCAUAACUACGUCAAGAUAACCAGUGACGGAAAGCUGGAUAUUGAGGGUGAUAGUUUCACAAUCGCGACUUAUCUUUACCAAGACGUGCUUAGAGACGGGCCAAUCGUGGAGUGGAGAGGUCGAGGAUCGGCCGGAACUCACAUGUGGAUGUAUCGAGGCAAGCUUUACAUCAACCUGGUCGCCCGUACUGGACGCAGCCAUUCGCAAUUUCAUAUUGCUCCACCAACUAAGAAAUGGUCGUUCGUAGGGAUCAGCUACAGUCAACAAACUGGCAAUUUGGUGAUGUGGGUCGAUGGUAAUGUUUUCAUCAAGAAUGUCGGAACCAUAGGACCCCGAGACAUGUUGAAUGAUUUGUACGUUGGACUCAGGCCUACAAGUACUGGGUACAAAUUCACGGGAAAGCUGGCCGCAACAACGCUGAUGAGAUGUGCAGUUAGUGGUAAGGCCCAAAUCGAGGAACUUAGGAAGCUGAUCAUUAGUAGAGCCAAUGUGUCACCAACACCACCAUCUGCCUGCAACUUUAAGUUCGAGGGUUAUGGAUACACUGCCUCAUUCGCCGUGAAGACUCUCACCUUAAUCACCGAAGAUGUGUGCAAGUACGAAUGCGCCGUGACACUUGGCUGUGCUGGUGUCAUAUACAGGACUUCACACUCCUACUGCUAUCUGAAGUCUCAAGCUGUUGGGGCCGCACAGAAUAUAAAUAUGGCAAAUGUUUUCACCCCAUCCCUCAUCUACCGCACUUGGAACAAGCAAGUGGGAGGUGCCGGUUCAACUGCUGUUUGUAGUCUAGAAGGCCACCCGCAACCGUGCAAGUACGUCAAAUCUGCAGGCUUCUGCAGCGGUAGUGACAUUCGCACCAUCAGUGGAUUAACCGAGGGCGGUUGCGAACGUUCGUGUACAUCCGAGUCGUUAUGUAACAGCUUCAGGUACAGUGCCAAUAAAUGUUACUUGAAGUGGAAAAUCUGUACUGAUGCUCAGCUCAGCCACAAGACAAAUGCAGCUUAUAACCAGUAUGCGAAGAAUCGUAAGUAA